CUGAAGCCCACACACACACACACACACACACACACACACACUCUCUCUAUAACAUGACACGAUUGGCUCUGGUAUAAAAGCAGAGGAGCUGUGUGAGUGAUCGAUCAGAUGGACUCGCAGUGAUCUGGGAUGGAAGAGCUGAUCAAUAGUCGGUCAGACGCUGUUGGUAGACUGGCGUUCAAAUACAUGGAGAUGUGUAAAGUAGAUUCCAGCUCAGACUCAGAACCAGAGUCGAACCCGAGAUGCUCUGAUGUCAGCAGCAAGUUUAACCGCAUGAUGUCGUGUCAGGGCUGUGAAAGCGGCACUUCAGAAGCUGCUGAGAGACUCCGGCGCUGCAGCGGACAGAACUACCUGCAGUGUCUGGAUCCCUACGACGGAAGCUCUGAAGACUCUGGUUCUUCUGCUAAAGGCUCAAGGAAGCAAAGGCCCGGCGGGUUCCGGGCGAAAGGGACGGGCCGUAGAUUGACCUUUAACCCCGCGUCUGCUCUCAGAGAUGGCAGGAGAGGCGAGCCGCGAGCCGAUGUUCAGAUGAGGUCCUCCAGCGACUCGGAGCAGGACUCUCCUCACCGGGGCUUCUGGUCUCCCUGCGUGAAAGCAGACCUCUCCGACUCCGGCUUCCACACCAGAUCCUCGCUGAGCUCUCCUGCGGUGCCGGGCCCCGGGGCCCAGAGCCCCGCUCUCCACGCUGCCUUCUCCAAGAGGAAGUUCUUCCCUCCGUCAGACGAGGGCAUGCAGCGGAAGCGGAAGUGCGUCAGCGACAUGGAGCUGGAGAGCGUGGCUCUCUGAGGUCAGCCCGGCUGCGGACGCACGUCUCGUUCACUGAAGCGGAAGCGGUUUGCUCGUUAGGAAACAGACUCUAAUGACAGAAGAAGAGGUUUGAGGUGCAGGUGUUCUCCGUUCCCUGACUGCAGGCUCAACACUGACGUCUCGAAGCUGUUCAGUAAUAAAUUAAGACUAAUAAACCUAACUUUAAUUCAUGAUUUCAUGCGUUUCAUCUCAGGCCGUUCACAGCGUCAGCAAACAUGUAUGUAGUGGCAGCUGUUUGCAGACGGAUGGUGACUAGAAUAAUAUAUAUAUUUCAGAAAGCUGGUGUCAUGAUGAAUUAUAAUAAUGUUUGGAGAAAACAGGCAAGCUUCACUGGGUUUCUUUUCUUAUAAAUAUGAGCGCAGUGGAAAGAUUUAUUAUUUGCAUCCAAAGAGAGAAGAUCUGUUCUAUGAUGUUAAUGUUUGUAGACCAUGUUUAUAUGCUGUUUUUGGUUGGAAGGCUUGCUUCUUCAGCGUUAUGAUCCAGUCUGAAAGUUCAGUGUCAGUUCUUCUUAAUUAACUGCACGCAGCUGGUCCUGUCUGUUCAUCACGGGAUGAAAAUAAAGUCUGCACUUCUCUGUAUCGUGAGGAUCUCCGAGCUUCAGCUGAACCGGAGAUCACUCGACUCCUCACGAACUGCUCCUGACGCCGUGCUCGAUGGAAGAGUCUCCGUGUGCUUGACGGCGCUCCGCUGAUGUUUACUUGCACUUAUUCCAUCGUUCUGCUGCUGUACAGCCAGAUCUGAGCCGGAAACUGAACUCUGACCCUCGACUUUAGUUUAACAGAAGCACUCUGGAGAAGUGUUUUCAGACAUAUUUAUUAUUUAUGACCCUGCAGCACAGAAGCAGUCAUAAGCAGCACAGCUAUAUCUGCAGCAAUAGCCAACAAUACAUUGUAUGGGUCAAAAUUAUCCAUUUCUCAUUUAUGCCAAAAAUCAUUAGGAUAUUAAGUAAAGAUCAUGUUCCAUGAAGAUAUUUUAUAUUUACAGUAGGAAGUUUACAUCAAAACUUCAGUAAUAUGCAUUGCUAAGAACUUCAUUUGAACAACUUUAAAGGUGAUUUUCUCAGUAUUUAGAUGUUUUUGCACCCUCAGAUUCCAGAUUUUCAAAUAGUUGUAUCUCAGACAAAUAUUGUCCAACAAACCAUACAUCAAUG